AUGUCCGAAAGAGACGACAUUGUCGAUCUUAUUACGCAAAUUACCGGCAUAGACCAGAGCUUUCUAUCCGCUCCGACUUCAGAUUCUCUUUUGCAAUCCAGACUCCAUGCAGCAAGCAUUGCCGAAAGGAUGAGCUGGGCUUCGGAACGUAAAACAACUCGAAUUGAAGACACGGCAUACUGCCUGCUGGGUAUAUUUGGAAUCAAUAUGCCUCUACUAUACGGAGAGGGCACAAAUGCCUUUCUCAGAUUGCAAGAAGAGAUUAUGAAACGUUCCGAUGAUCAAACAUUAUUGGCCUGGUCCCUCCCAGAAGAUGGCCCAGACGAGUCAGGAGUGCUUGCUACCUCCCCGGCUGCAUUUGCAAAUUGCGAGGAUUUUAUCCCUUGUGAUAUAACAAACAAGGGCCUUCGCAUCGAAAUGCCAGUGUCCAGCGCGGACUUUAGCGAUGGGAGAUAUGGUCUUCUGCAAUGCAGGACGAAACAAGAUCCCACGACCAUGAUUGCGAUCCCCCUGGACGGCGGUCGCAAUGGCCUAUAUCUACGGAGCAAAAGGCCUUUGAAAAUUCUGAGCUACCAGUACUGGAGGGCAUGGUCAUUUACUCCAGUCAAUCUACUCCCAAGCCUCUCGUUUGCCAGCAGCAUUGUCCAGCCACCAAGCUACACGGUCUUCUUGGAGUCCCUCCCAGAUGGCUUCUAUAUUGCAGAGGUUUAUCCGCCAAAUGAGCCGCAGCAGCCUGACCCAAGAUUCAUCAUGACGGGUACCCCUGAAGACGAGGACCCAGGGUCCAGUAGGGUCGCCUUGGUUCUGAUUAAGCACCUUUUCGAUUAUGUAGAGCCAUUCGUUGUAAGAAUCAUGAUAGAAUCAGCACCAACGAAGGCGCCGAUUGGAACAGAAUCUCAUCUCGAGGCCACUAUCAGAUUCGUCAAGAGUUCCAGUGGAAAGUUCUUUGACGGUGAAUCCCUUGCCAGUUCAUGGCAGAGUUGCAAAGACCCAAUGUUCAUGUACUGGACACGAAGGAAAAAACAAGACUACAAUAUUGAUUGGACCCGCGAGCACCACUUUGGAAAGACACUUUUUGUUUUUUCAAUUACGGAACAAGGUGUCGACAGACAUCGCCCCGAUUGGCGUCUCUUCGAUGAGGAUGAGCUGACAGGUCUUCAGGAAGAGUGGGCGCAAUCUCUGCAACGGCUAUCCUACCAGGCUCGGAGCAGUACUCGUACUUUUAUUCGGUCACUUGCCCUUUCACCAUGGAUGUUCACAUUUGUCGUCGAUUCCUUGAUCCUAAGGGCCAUCGGACCGCUCGUGAUAAUAAUAUACCAUAUUGUGAAGAAUUUCAGGAGAUAUACACUUGGCGCUGGUGUCGCACUGUUUCUAAGGGUUUAUCUCGGCUAUGCUCCUUGGAGGAGGCUUCAGAACUUUGAGGUGUUCCGUCGGAUUAAGACCGAUUGUUCUGACUUUGUAGUUUUUUACAUUUGUUUCAAGCUCCUGCCUUCGGAGCUACUGGAAGCUAUUCUUGAGAAGAAAUGGAAGGACUUGGUGAUGGUGGUACUGGGGCUUGGACUCCGACUCGUGGCUACCGGGAAGGGCGUGGACGUACCUAUCAUGAUGAUUUAG